AUGCAUCUGAGCGAGAACGAGGGGAUCGAGGGCGUGCGGUUCGCGGUGACCGGCGGGCAGGGCUUCGUCGGCGCCGCCCUCUGCUUGGAGCUGAUCCGCCGCGGCGCCCUGGAGGUCCGCUCCCUCGACCUGCGCGCCUCCUCCUCCUGGUCCCAGCAGCUCCUCGACGCCGGCGUCCGCUUCUUCCAAGGGGAUGUUCGGAAGAAGGAGGAUGUGGAGAAGGUCUUCCGCAACGUGGACUGUGUCUUCCACCUUGCUUCAUAUGGCAUGUCAGGGAAAGAAAUGGUACAGGCAGGACGAACAGAUGAGAUCAAUAUAAACGGGACGUGCAAUGUACUGGAUGCUUGCCAUGAGCAUGGUGUCAGAAGGCUUGUGUAUGUAAGCACAUACAAUGUGGUGUUUGGGGGAAAGCCAAUUGUCAAUGGCAGUGAGACGUUGCCUUAUUUUCCCAUCGAAGACCAUGUUGAUGCUUAUGGGCGUAGCAAAUCGAUAGCUGAACAGUUGGUGCUGAAGAGCAAUGGUCGGCAAGCUAAGAGUAAUAAAGGUACCCGUCUUUAUACAUGUGCAAUACGCCCGGCUGCUAUCUAUGGUCCAGGUGAAGAGCGUCAUCUUCCAAGAAUCCUGUCUCUUGGAAAAUUGGGAUUAGCAUCUUUCAGGAUUGGGGCUCCAAAUGUGAAGACAGAUUGGGUCUAUGCUGAUAAUCUUGUUCUUGCACUGAUAUUGGCAAGUAUGGGCCUUUUAGAUGACAUUCCUGGCAGGAAGGGAACUCCUGUAGCAGCUGGUCAAGCAUACUUCAUAUGUGAUGGAGCGCCUAUUAAUAGUUUCGAUUUUAUCAUCAGUCCCUUAUUUCGAAGUUUGGGCUAUGCUGUUCCUCGAGUUACACUAGAUACCUCUGUUGCCCUCGCAAUUUCAAGAAUCAUUUUGUUCAUGUCCACACUACUCUAUCCAUGGUUAGAUAGUAAAUGGAUUCCUCAGCCUCUUAUUCUUCCUGCUGAAGUAUACAAGGUAGGUGUUACACAUUACUUUUCAUAUCUGAAAGCUAAAGAGGAACUCGGCUACGUGCCUGUGACGAGUCCACAGGAAGGCCUGGCCGCAACAAUCUCCUAUUGGCAAGAGCGAAAGAGGAGAGAGCUCGAUGGCCCGACGAUAUUCACCUGGGUUGCAGUAAUAAUCGGGAUGCUGGCUGUGUUCUCCGCCGCUUUCCUUCCACCCGUCGGUCCGCUCAAAUGGGUGCUCGCCGUCCAUCUCUUCGUUUUCCGCUCGGUGCUGGCGAUCCGGAUAGUCUUUGUGGCUGCGGUCGCGGCGCACGCGGGCGAAGGCGUCUACGCCUGGUUCCUGGCGAAGAAGGUCGACCCGAGGAACGCGACGGGGUGGUUUUGGCAGACCUUUGCCCUGGGGUUCUUUUCCCUCCGGUUUCUGCUCAAGAGAGCGAGAGCGGGAGCGGGAGCGUGA